UCGAAGUUCAGGGAGAGACUGCAGGAAGUGCUGAAAUGGUGCUCAAUGAAGAUGAUUGAUGUUAAAAGCAUAUGAAGAGGGAAGUACUAAUUGGGAAGAAGGAUGAGAUAUAUGGUGGCAGGUUAUUAGCGAGUUUGCAGUUGUUUGUUAUAAAUGAUGCGGAUGAGUUUAGUGCGGUUUUGAAGCGUGAAUCGAAUCCGAAGAUAUUGAUCACCACUUGCCGAUUUAACUCUUCUAGGGGUCCUGCUUUUAUAGAGGAACUACUUUCGAUGAUCCCAAAUGCGCAGUACUAUAAAAGAGACACUUAUGACUUGAAAAAGAUUAUAGAGUAUGCAAAUAAAAAGGAAUUCACUUCUUUAAUUGUUGUUCAUACCAAUCACCGGGAACCAGAUGCUCUCCUAAUUAUUGGCUUACCUAAUGGACCUACUGCCCAUUUUAAGCUCUCAAAGCUUGUUUUACGGAAGGAUAUCAAGAAUCAUGGAAAUCCAACCAGUCAUGAGCUUGUAUUAAACAACUUUACAACACGCCUUGGUCAUCAUAUUGGGAGAUUAAUACAGUCACUUUUCCCUCAAGAACCAAAUUUUAGUGGUCGGCGAGUUGUAACUUUCCACAACCAACGAGAUUUUAUAUUCUUCCGGCAUCAUCAGUGUGCCUCCUUUGCUAUUUUUAGUUCUUGCAGUGAUCCUUUCUUAUACUUGUGA